AUGUUUAGAUUUACUGCUAGAUCCGCCGUGCGCUCAUUAAGAUUGCCUGUGCAAAGAGUACCAUUCGUUACUCCAUUGAGAUUCUACGUUGCUCCACCAAUCACCAGAGACGAAGUUAUCAACCGUGCGUUUGAAGCAUUGAAGACUGUUGCUACUUUGCAAGGAUCAAAUAUAUCUUUAGAUAGCUCUUUCCAAAAGGAUUUGGGACUAGAUUCGUUAGAUACUGUUGAAGCUUUGGUUGCUUUAGAAGAGGAGUUUGAUUUGGAAAUCCCAGAUAAGAUUGCUGAUGAUAUCAAGACCGUUGGAGAGGCUGUUGAUUACAUCUUGAAAGAGGAAGUUAAAGAAGAAGCUUAA